AUGAUAAUCAGGCAAUGCCACGUGGAUACGUUGCACGGGGGUUUGCAAUUGACCAUGUACACGGUGAGACAGAAAUUCUGGAUCAUCGCCUGCCGAAACGCGGCGCGCACGGUUAUCCACCAAUGCAUACGAUGCGUGAGAUGGCAAGCAAAUACCUCCACGCAAAUCAUGCAGGAUUUAAUACCGGAGCGCAGUCGCGCGGCACGACGUUUCUCAAACUGCGGAGUCGACUACGCGGGACCGUAUCGGGUCCGCGACUCCGCCGGUCGUGGAAAAACGGCUCAUAAAGCAUACAUAGCAGUGUUCAUCUGCUUCGCUACGAGAGCCGUGCACAUCGAACUCGUUCAUGAUUAUACGACGAGUGCAUUUCUGGCCGCAUUAGACAGAUUCAUCGCCCGCCGAGGAGUUCCGUCCUGCAUGUUCAGUGAUAACGGAACGAACUUCGUCGGAGCAGAUCGGGAAUUGAAGGAACACUUCAAUACGGUGUAUCAAACCCCAGAAAUGCGAACGAAGUGCGGUCAAAAGGGCAUUAAGUGGAGGUUUAAUCCACCCAGUGCGCCCCACUUUGGUGGUAUGAAAGAAGCCGGCGUGAAAUCGGUGAAACAUCACCUGAAACGCAUCCUCGGCGAAUUUACACACACAAGCGAGGAAAUGCAGACACUCCUCUGCAAGAUCGAGCCGAGUUUGAAUUCGCGACCGAUCGCCGCUUUGAGUGACUGUCCCGAGGAUUAUGCUCCCUUCACGCCGGGCCACUUCCUAAUAGGCGGACCGAUGAAUGCACUUCCGGUCGAGUCAGUGGAAAAGGAAAAUCUCUCGCGGCUUACGCGAUGGAGAGCGGUCCAGAAAUUCCACGAGCAGCUCUGGAAACAUUGGACGCGAGAUUAUCUCACGCACCUCCAGAAACGCUAUAAGUGGCGCACCACCCAAGUGCAGUUAAAACCGAAUGACUUGGUUUUAGUGCAAAACCCUCUUCUACCCCCCGAAUCAAUGGGAAAUGGGACGAAUCGAGGAAGUAUUACCGGGCCGAGACAGGUGCGUGCGUGUAGUUAA